AUGCCCGCAAAGCAAUUCUAUCUCCUUGGAGAGGCAGUGUCCUCUGCUAGGAACAUUGAUUUCGAUCCCACAAGUGGCUUAGAAGACCUUAAGCACUUGAUUGCAGCUAACUUCGCAGUCGUUGAGCCUAAUGGUAUCGGGUUCCAAGCUCAAGACUACGAGCUGAACGAUGUUUCAGAAAUCACCUCGGCAGACACGCCAAUUGCCAUCACCAUUGAUGGGCACGCGAUUCGUGACCCUCCGGGUCCGAAGGGUCUGCCUAUUGUCGGAAAUUUCUUCGAGGUAUACCCAGAUCACCUUGGCAAUCACCAACGUCUUUUCGAACAAUAUGGACCUAUCUUCAAGACAACGAAUCUCGGGCGUUCAACCUAUCAUACCAAUGAUCCAAGUCUCGCCGCAAUAGUUUUCGCCGAAUCUGACUUCUUCACCAAGGAGAUUAACGAAGCUCACCCGCUCUAUCCUCUGAAGCAACAGGCUGCUGGUGUUUUCCUUGGAGAUACGGACACUCCUGAGUGGAGAGUGACGCAUAAGUUUCUACCACCAGCCCUUGGCCCUAAGGCUGUCCGCCACUACGCACCUAUGAUGCAGAAGACAGUGGAAGAUUCUUUUGAGGUUUUUGAUGCCCUCGAUGAGCAGGGUGAAGCGUGGAACGUUUAUCAGUAUAUGUUGAAACUCGGAUCUCAGGCCGUUGGCAAGCUCACUCUUGGGUUAGAUUUCCAGCAUUUCACAUCUCCAAAUGCUCAACUCCAUGAGAUGGUGCAUUUGAUUGCGGAUAUUCUUGCUCUUAACAAGAAAGUCUCAUCGAAGGGAGAUUGGUACGGUCGACUACCUUUCGGUGAUCCACAGCGGCUUAGAACGACUAAAGCCAGAAUUGAGGAGCUUGUAGGAGAAUCAAUCAAGAAAGCUGAGAGUGGUGGAGUGGAAGACCUUCCACUUCAAGAUGCGGCGCUAAAAGCGUCGAAUAUGGUCGACUAUGCAAUUCGUGCAACCGACAACAAAGGAGAAAAACUUCCAAAGGAAAGCUUGAUUUGGGCUUUGCUCGUCGCGACAGGAGCCGGUUUCACAACUACAAGUUCUCUACUAUCCUGGUUGAUCUACGGUCUCGUCACAUACCCUGGCAUGCAAGACAGACUUCUCCAGGAGUUAAUUGAUAACGGAAUUGACGAGAACACCGAAAUCACAGCGGAUGUCACUGACCGACUCGAAUUCCUCGACAAGUACAUCAAGGAGAUGCAGCGUCGCCACAACCCAAGUUUCCAGCCGGCACGAACCGCCAAGGUAGACCUCGUGCUUCCAGGUGGUUACAAGAUCCCUAAAGAUUCCGUUGUGCUUCCGGCACUCCAUCACAUUCAUAACAAUCCUAAUCUGUGGGAUAAUCCUCACAAGUUCACUCCUGACCGCUGGGACACGGAUGAGGUCAAAAACAGACACAAGGCAGCCUACGUCCCAUUCGCAAUGGGUCCGCGCAUGUGUAUUGGGUUCAACUUCGCUCUACAAGAGAUCAAAGUCUUCCUUCCAAAGCUGAUAUAUCGGUAUAAAUUCAUUCGGGAGGGUGAUGGACCGAUCGAGUAUGAUCCUAUGUUCCAGUUGAUUCGGCCCAACAACCUCUACGUCAGAGCGGAAAAGAGGGUCAAGUGGCCGCCGAGGACCGAUGCCUUGGGAAACGAGAAGGUUUGA